AUGAGCUUCCUCCGCAGAGUGGCUGGGCGCUCCCUUAGAGAUAGGGGAGAGUACACCUGCAGAGGGAGAGUACACCUGCAGAGGGAGAGGCAGAGGGAGAGUACACCUGCACAGGCAGAGGGAGAGUACACCUGCACAGGCAGAGGGAGAGUACACCUGCAGAGGGAGAGUGCAGAGGGAGAGUACGCCUGCACAGGCAGAGGGAGAGUACACCUGCAGAGGGAGAGUACAUGUGCACAGGCAGAGGGAGAGUACGCCUGCACAGGCAGAGGGAGAGUACACCUGCAGAGGAAGAGUACACCUGUACAGGCAGAGGGAGAGUACACCUGCAGAGGGAGAGUACACCUGCACAGGCAGAGGGAGAGUACACCUGCAGAGGGAGAGUACGCCUGCACAGGCAGAGGGAGAGUACACCUGCAGAGGGAGAGUACACCUGCACAGGCAGAGGGAGAGUACACCUGCAGAGGGAGAGUUCGCCUGCACAGGCAGAGGGAGAGUACACCUGCAGAGGGAGAGUACACGUGCACAGGCAGAGGGAGAGUACGCCUGCACAGGCAGAGGGAGAGUACACCUACAGAGGAAGAGUACACCUGUACAGGCAGAGGGAGAGUACACCUGCAGAGGGAGAGUACACCUGCACAGGCAGAGGGAGAGUACACCUGCAGAGGGAGAGUACACCUGCACAGGCAGAGGGAGAGUACACCUGCAGAGGGAGAGUACGCCUGCACAGGCAGAGGGAGAGUACACCUGCAGAGGGAGAGUACACCUGCACAGGCAGAGGGAGAGUACACCUGCAGAGGGAGAGUACGCCUGCACAGGCAGAGGGAGAGUACACCUGCACAGGGAGAGUACACGUGCACAGGCAGAGGGAGAGUACACCUGCAGAGGGAGAGUACACCUGCAGAGGGAGAGUACACGUGCACAGGCAGAGGGAGAGUACGCCUGCACAGGCAGAGGGAGAGUACAUCUGCAGAGGGAGAGUACACCUGCAGAGGGAGAGUACACCUGCACAGGCAGAGGGAGAGUACACCUGCAGAGGGAGAGUACGCCUGCACAGGCAGAGGGAGAGUACACCUGCAGAGGGAGAGUACACCUGCACAGGCAGAGGGAGAGUACACCUGCAGAGGGAGAGUACACCUGCACAGGCAGAGGGAGAGUACACCUGCACAGGCAGAGGGAGAGUACACCUGCAGAGGGAGAGUACACCUGCAGAGGGAGAGUACACCUGCACAGGCAGAGGGAGAGUACACCUGCAGAGGGAGAGUACACCUGCACAGGCAGAGGGAGAGUACACCUGCAGAGGGAGAGUACACCUGCACAGGCAGAGGGAGAGUACACCUGCAGAGGGAGAGUACACCUGCAGAGGGAGAGAACACCUGCACAGGCAGAGGGAGAGUACACCUGCACAGGCAGAGGGAGAGUACACCUGCAGAGGGAGAGUACACCUGCAGAGGGAGAGUACACCUGCACAGAGGGAGAGUACACCUGCAGAGGGAGAGUACACCUGCACAGAGGGAGAGUACACCUGCAGAGGGAGAGUACACCUGCACAGAGGGAGAGUACACCUGCAGAGGGAGAGUACACCUGCACAGAGGGAGAGUACACCUGCAGAGGGAGAGUACACCUGCACAGAGGGAGAGUACACCUGCAGAGGGAGAGUACACCUGCACAGAGGGAGAGUACACCUGCAGAGGGAGAGUACACCAGGAGCCACGCAGGAGUCUUUGGAUCAGUUAUGUCCCUGUGAUCAGUUAUGUCCCUGUGAUCAGUUAUGUCCCUGUGAUCAGUUAUGUCCCUGUGAUCAGUUAUGUCCCUGUGAUCAGUUAUGUCCCUGUGAUCAGUUAUGUCCCUGUGAUCAGUUAUGUCCCUGUGAUUGAUUGA